AUUGAAUGCAGUUCAGGAAAAGCGGGGCGAAAAUAUUAAUCAGUUGAGGCCUCAGUGAAACGCAACAAUUGUCAUUGAAUAGAGAAUGUAAAGGAGUAGAAAAAAGUUUCUCCAAAUAAAGUUAAAUUUCGCUCGAACGAUUAUCUGCGAAACCGCGACGGAAAUCCACGAAGCAUUUAUUCGUUCCAAACAUUUGCAGCUUAUGGCAAUGAAACUUUAUUUAUAUAUAUAUUUAUAAUAGGAAAUAAUUGCAAUUAAUUUGUGUGUCAGUGAAAGGCUAUGAGAGCCAGAUAUUUGUGAAUAUGUCAGAUGAAUUAGUGCAUAUGUAAUGUGCAAUACUUUGUGCUUUGCAAAUGAAAAAAGAGUUAAAGCAGUUUGUCGUUAGCGUUUUUAAACGAAAUAAAACAUAAAUCAAAACCAAAUGUGAAAUAUUUCUUCUAUGAGAUGAAAAUUUAUUUUGUUAACGAUACAGUGUGAACCCCUUAAGCGAUUAUAUGCAAAUAUAUGCUGAACUAACUGCAAGCGAUAGUCCAAUUUCAAUUCCAAUGUGUAAAAUAUUAGCUUACAAAACGAGAUUCGGUAAAGGAUUUCCGGAGUAAUAACAGCUAACCCCACCACCGUUAUCGCCUACUGCUAUGGAUCGCGUUAGUGAAGUAAAAUUGUUGCUUGUGGCUAAAAAUACGGCAGCAACAGUCAGCAACACUUUACUGAGCACUUGAGGAGCAAAUCUUGGUAGCCUCAAAAUCAUAUCCUCAACAAACAGACGGAAAACAUAAGCACAGGCGAAGUACAACAUUACAUAAAGUGCAAAGAAAACUCCAGAAACCACUAAACAUUCCAAACAAGUGGGCUGUUCUAAGAAAAGCGAUAGAAAUGUGCAUCAACACGCAGUCGUGGCCCGUGGUUGUCGCCUACGUCUUGCUUUGUUCCUCUCUGCUCGUCUCCAGCAUUCACUCGACACCUAUUUCUGUGAAAGGUAAACUCGACUCCGCACCCUGUGUCCACGAUAGCAUCUCCGAGUUGAUCAAAAAGAGCCCGGUCAUACUGAAAGCUCUUGGUGCACAUAUCUUCACAGAGGACGCCACCACCAAUGAAUUACUAAAUGCAGCGAAAUUGGGCGCUGCUGCAGAUGGAGGUAGCGCUGUCAAUGGCGAAGUAAAAAAGCAGAAUUUGCAAAAUAAUUUGUUCGCAUCAGCAACAUUUCACACAACCGUUGGCAGUCCAACGGCCGUCGCAGCAACAACCCAGCAACGGCCAUCGGACAUCUCCAUUACUGGAGCGACAGCUACUACAGAAGCGGCUACAGCGGACUGGGCCAGAAAGCUGGACGGGGCCAUUUUAAUAACUUUAACACCGGAAACGAUAUACAAAGGCGCGUCACUUUUGAAAAUGACACCCGAAGCGGAGAAUGCAGCACGUGGAGGAAGCGGUGGCGGAGGUAACAACGGUAGAGGAGAUGGCAGUGGCAUAGGCCGUAGUAGCUAUGGCCCUGGAUAUGGCAGCGCAACAGCCGAGUCUGCAUAUCAGUAUGAAGGGCAGCUAAAUGCAACACUCAAGCCUUUGUCCUGCUUCGAUGGCAACCUUUUGAAAAGUCUACCCACUGAAUUAAUUGUUUUUGGCAAAUUGAGAACUGCACAGCAGCAACAACAAUUACCAAGCGAAUUGAAUACAGCUCCACAAACUGACUUUUUGUCCAUAAGCAUAAAUGGUUUACAUCGUUGGAGUCCACAAUUUGAGAAUCACAUCUGGAAACAUUUGGGCUGGGAUGAUUGGAGCGAUUUUACGCUUUGCAGCGUUACAUGCGGCAAAGGUGUACAACAACGAUUUCGCCGUUGUCUGCUCGAUAAUCCGAUGGUGAAUUUCAACAUGCACCUAAACUUGAACGCGGCUGCUGACGCUGAGGUGGACGAUGACGAGGUUGCAGUUGACGGGCUGAGCAGUGCAGGCGUUGAAAAUACCGAAUCGCUAGACAAUACAUUAGGAGGCUUCAACAGCGCAGAAUUUGAUACUGCGGCAAUGAUGGACACAAAUGGCAGCGACAAUUUACAGCUGCGAAAACGGAAAACAACCCUGAAAGUUUCCGCUGAAUUUGAAACUACUUCGGAGGUUGCUACAGUAGCAGAAAUUGCGACAUCAAAAGAGCAAUCAGACCACGAUAUUAAUGCGGUGCCCAAAGCUAAUUUGCUGAAAAGACUAACUCUGCGAGCCACUGCACCGCCAGUAGCAUACGACGGAAAAACAUCUAAAACCAAUAAGAUUGACCGAGUAGAUUAUUCCAGAGGCAAAAACAAAGACAAUAUCGAAGUAUUGGUGCAACAGUUCGAAACUAAUCUCCGAGUAAAUGAAGCCAGUUUUCUCAACAAUAACCACCUGAAAGUAAAUGACAAAUUUUCAAAUAAGGCAACCAAGGAUGUAGUUAACAAAAAAACGGCAAUUGAAAUGCAACCGAAGAAUAAAACGGAACGUCAGAAUAAACGCCGUAGGCCAAUGAAAAACUAUUCCACUAUGUUUUGUGAAGGUUACAACAUAGAACAGCGAAAUUGCAACACUUUCGAUUGCAGCGAUGACAUAAACGACUUAUUAAAGUUUUAUAAAAAGGUCCCUAUGCCGGAGGAUGCUGCAAGCCCCGCUACAGUUUCAUUGCAAUCGCCUGCCGGAACGGUUGAUGGGCAAACCACAUUAAUAGCUACCGCGGUGGAAUCAGCAUCCGUGACAGCUAACUUGCUUGGCAAUGCGGCUACAACAGGCGCCACAUCAGCUACUAUUAACAGAGAUGCCUCCAUUUUGGACGCUGAUAUCAGAGCUUCUGGCAGCGGUGCGACAAAUGCAAAUGCUGUUGGCAGCACCUUAACUAUUGGCAACAAUGCACCUUCGACGACGCCAGCAAAUAUGGGCUACAUACGUAGUUGGCGGAAUCCGCUGAACUUUACGAUAAUGCUAACCUUGCGAGUUCGAAAUGACAGUAAAGCCACAACGACAAUUUUCUCCAUACGCAACGCCACCCACAAUAUGUAUUUGGAAUCAUGCAAGGACGGUCUGCGAUUGUAUCUAGAGCGAGACGGCACCACUGAAAUGCUGCCAGUGAAAUUUAAUUUAUAUGAUUUUCGUUGGCAUCAAGUGGCCAUCAGUAUACAAAAUGGUGAUUUCAUUUCCAUUUAUGCCGAUUGCUCCUGGACAAACAGUUUUGUUGUGUCGAAGCGCCUUUACACGCUGCCACUGGAUGCCGAUGUGGAAAUUGGACGAGGCUUUAAUGGCGAGCUGCAGCAAUUGUUGGUGCUGCCCGAUAACCAGGAACGGCAUCAAUGCUCCAACAAACGUACAUCAAUAAAUGAGGUAAAACGGUACAUUAUCGACACGUUCAUCGACGAUUACGGCAACUAGAAUGAGUCAGGUGGAUAAUUGCAAGACUUGCAAACAAAUCGGAGAAACGCCUAUCUGUAAAUCGACUGCUUGGCGUAUUACCAUAAAUUAUGUGGAUUAAGAGUAAAAUGCUUGCUCAAUGCAGAAGUGAGAGUAAUUAAGAUUUAAUAUUGUGAUUCAUGUGUGUCCUAAGAGAAAAAUAAAAGUGUUUAGUUAAUAAACCGAUUUGUUAUAAAAGUUGAAAUAAUCAGAUAAAAUAAACCGUAAGAUCAAAAUACAUUUCUGACGAUUAAGCAAAAAUAUAUAAGUCGAUCGAAGUCUUACAACAAACUUUGACAUAAAACAAUAACUACUGUAACAUGUUUGUUUAGCUUUAAGUAUAACUAAGGAUAGGAAUUCUUAUAUACAUACUCAGAAUGUAACCAAAAAUGUACACUUUCAUAUACAUAUUUGAAAUAUACACAUAUUCAUACGUAUAUAUGUAUGUACUAUAAUAGAAUAUGUUCAGUGAUUGAAAUAAAAACUACCUAUUUACACAAAAGGUAGAAAGGCACAAUGCAGGAAGGGGAGGGAGCAAAUAUUACUCUUGACAAUCGGCGAGUAUGUUUUAAAAAUCUAUCUAAUUUCGGAGGAUCUUUAGAAGCACAUCGAAAAAGUCCAACUAAGAAUUAUUCACUUUAAGUAGUUAAGCAGGCUAUUUCCUUUUCCAUCUACCGAAAGCCUCCUACGAAUUGCUCUCUUUCACAUGGCACACAUCUGUAGUAUAUUCAUAGUUUCGUAGAUCCAUUUAGUUUGCUUCCUUUCCAGGCUCACUGACUGGCUGACAAGCUCUGUCGGCCGACUUUCGCGAAACAAAAGUUGCAAUUGUCAACGAUAGGCGCUAUGAAAGCGAACAAAAGAAUACAAA